GAAACGAAGAAUAUGGCGCUGAGGGGACUAGUGAGAUGUUGUCGGUCAACGUUUCAUGAACCUGUAGUGGCAAAGUUUUGCGCUGUUUUGAACCAGGGCUGGCUUGAACAGCGAACAGGAGCGAAAAGGUAUCUGUUGUCUGAAGAUGUGAUCAAACUACAAGACUUUCAGCUCAAGAAGCUGGCAGUGGCUCAUCUCGCCAGCAGAUCUGAAGGAAGCUACAUCGAUUUGUGGAGUCAAAGGCUGGAAAGAAACGAGCUGAUCCAGAAAGAGGAGCUCAAACUUCUACUGCACUUGUGCCAGUCUGCUGACGACAUGCUGGUCGCCAGGAAGGCGAUCUACAGGUUUCACGCAGACAACACGAACAUGGGUUGUGACGAGUUUAGGUUCGGCCCUCUCUUCAUGAGACUGUGUUAUGAGUUUGGUCUGGAGGGGAUGGCGUCAGCUGUGCUCACCGAUGAGAAAAUGAGAGGAUUCUUCAACGAUACAACGUCCUUCAACAUCACCCUCGACAUGUUGUUCAUGAAGGAUUCUUUUGAAGAUGCGCUGGAGGUUUUACGAGUCAUGAAGAAGCGGGGAGUUUGGUUCAACACUGACACGCUCUUGCUGGCGUCUGGAAUCUGUUACAAGCUGAACACACGGGAGGCGUACGGCAUCUGCACAGAUCUGAUGGAGGACAGCCACACGAAGGGCCACAUGAUCCCCAAACACGCGUUCUGCUUCACUGUAGCUUUAGCACUUCGACAGAAUGACAUGGAAGGAGCACAGUAUUUCUUUUCUAAGAUCAUAAACAAGUCAGGUCGAUUGUGCCACAAUUUAAGGGUUUUGAUGCUCACGAGGUUGGGAGAAACGGCGGAAGCGCUGUCGGUCCUCUCUGCUGCACAGAAGACGAAAAGCCCACUGUUUGUUAAGAAGGCUCAGUUUGCAGAGGAAGUGGUGGACCUGCUGAGACGGCAGAGCGAGAACACACCACAGAAAGAGCAUGUGCAGAAGGUCCUCUCUCAACUGGAGGAGUCGGGUCAGGUGGUCCAGCACAGCAUCGACGAUAUGUUGUGCCACUCUUCUAAUGAGAGGCGGAGACCGCCUCUGAACCUGGACCAGAGGGGCAGCAGGAGGAGAAGUGUGAGGCUGCCCAGCACCGUGCUGCUGUCAGAGUAGCCCACCAGGUCCCUAUAAGAACACUUUUCGCUUUGCUUACGUCACAAACGCCACUCGAUUGUGCCAUCAAUCUAUGCUGCUGCAGUAUGUCUGCAAAUGGGUUGGGUGUGAAUUAAA